AUGGCAGUCCUGCUUCGCACACAUGAAAUACAAAUUAUUAUUGUCAAUCUGUAUAUGCCUAUUUCACGUCUCAGAAUACAUAGUAAGUCCCACUGGGGUGACUUGGAAAGAUACCUCAUGCAGCUGAUGAUGGACUAUCCGAGGGCAGCAAUAAUGAUAGGGGGCGACUGUAAUGCCAGAAUCAAUGCGCUUGAAGACUCAGAUAUUGGGGAUAUGCCCCACUUGACACCAGAAGAUUCACCUCUUGCAUCAACGCGUAUCCUGCUAGACCAGGUCAGUAACUUUACUGGCAGGCUGCUGAUACAGCUGGCUAACAAACUAGAUCUCCAUAUUCUUAAUGGAGCUGUCAAUGGAGACUGCCCUGGCCAAUUUACCUUUUUUCUCAGUACAAAACGCUCGAUAAUAGAUUAUGUCAUGGUAUCUAGAGGGCUGAUAGACAAAAUAAUAGAGCUGAAGGUUACCCCAAGACCAGAGAGUGACCAUUUCCCUCUGAGGGUCACUUGCCGGCUAACCAAUGAGGGGGUCAUAGAACCCUCACUCAACCGCAGGGAUGACCCAGAGACGAAACCCUCUGUUUUGGCCCAGAGAAUUAAGUGGUCCCCAGAGUUGGAGGCUAGACUCACGAGCUGGUGUUAUUCAGAAGUGGGGAUGGAGGAGCACAAAAAAAUAACCCUAGUUUGCAUUAAACGGUGUGAAGAACCUGCCCCCGAAGGGGCGUUGGUGUCUCAGACUGAAGCGAUUGUCAAUUACGAAGCCUUGAUUUCCCUACUUAUCCCUUUUCUGGUCAGAGGCACUCAAGCCAGGGUCAGGGCCACCUCACACAUAUCUUAUAACAAACCCUGGUUUGACCAGGACUGUAAAAAGGCGAAAAAAGUACUGUUACAACUCUCGGCUGACCGCAAAAUAAAUAAUACCUUAUCUCUAGACACGAAAUUCAAACAAUAUAAGGGAAGUUACAAGUCUCUGAUUAAAGCCAAAAAGGAGGCCCUGAAAGAAAGACAAUGGUCAGAACUUAUAAUGGCCCUUAAUAAAAAGGAUGAAGCCAGUUUUUGGCGCUUAGUAUCCGGGGUUAAUUCGUUCCCCAGACAAAUUCCAGUGCCAGAGGAAAGAUGGUUCCAAGAUGACAUUCUGGAGAUCUGCCUGAAAAUUCUGGACACAAGUACAAACUUCCAGCGUGAUCCUGGAAUGGACUGUUCCUGUCGUAAUGAUCCUGUAUACAUCAGCAGGGUGUUGAAUAACAUGAUCUGUUGUCAUAAGAAGAAAAGCAUCCUGAAAGUUCCACCUAGUAACAACUAUCUGCAUGGACUCAGUCCUUUCAUGUGGAAUGGAAGUGUUCCCAUUCUUCGGCAGUGGUAUCACACUAAAUGCAAGCCUGUCAAAUAUGGACACUGUGGGACCUUUGCUUCUGUGAUGUGUACAGUUAUGAGAUGUCUGGGAAUCCCAAGCCGAGUUGUCACAGGCUUCUAUUGCCCUCUGAACGCUGUUGACACUCUUAUUGUCCAGGAGGUUUUUGACUAUACAGGCAAAACCUUAAGUGGCAAAGAAAAUAUUUGGAGUCAUCAUUGUUGGAACGAAUCUUGGAUGGUCCGGAAAGACAUAAAUCAAUCUGGUGGUGACUGGCAAUAUCUGGAUCCAAGCCUUGUAGAGACCAGUAAAGGAUCAGUGUGCAGUGGUCCUAUUUGUGUCAACAGCAUCAGAGAUGGAGAUGUGGAUACCGACCCUGAUGGUUCUCAUGUAUUUUGUCUGCUAAAUGCAAGGAGUACAGCCUGGGUUUCUCAAGGCAAAGGCAAAAAGACAAAGCUUCACUGUGACAGCUGGCCUUGUGGCCAGUGUAUCAGCACCAAAAGUGUUGGUAGUGACCUACGUGAGGAUGUCACUUAUGCUUACAAGCAUGAAUUAGGUUCUGCACAGGAGAAAAAAGCCCUUUAUAAAGCCUGUAGAAAGAUCAGUUCUCAGUACCUGAAUGCUCCUAAUUCUGAGAUAGAUAAAGAUAUAACAUCUCACAGAAACAGAGGACUGAAUGAUACUGGGAUGGCAAUGAAAUUUAAAGUGGCAAAUUGUCCUCUAUAUGGUGAAGAUGUUCAGAUUAACUGGGUGCUUGAAAACUUGAGUAAUGAGACCAAAGAGAAGAAGUUCAACCUUUGUGCUCAGGGAAUGAUGUACAAUGGAUGUUCAUUGGAUCAUCUCUGGAAGGAUAAUAUGCAUAUCACACUUGACCCAAAAGAAGUAAAGACUAUCUUGAUAAAGAUACCAUAUGAUAAUUAUGGAUCUCAACUUUGUGAUCAUAAUAUUAUGAGAGUGGUAGCUGUCUCAAUGCCAGAGUGUAAAGGGGAUGUCAUGAUGGUGGAGAGGGAUAUCUUGAUUGACAGUUUACCCAUUGGGAUAAAGAUUUUAGACCAACCCAGAUUGAAUGCCUUAUGCUCUGCAGAAGUCACCUUCUCUAAUCCCCUCAAUGAGGACCUCAAGAACUGUGUGCUGAACCUGGAAGGCUAUGGACUGAUUGGUGAACCAACAGCUACUGAAUUGGGAACACUGGCCGCACAUCACAUGGCACAAACUUGCGUGGAGUUUACUCCCUACAGGCUUGGCAGACAUCAGUUCAUUGCCAGUAUCAGCUGCAACAAGUUUUGUAACUGCAAAGGCUAUACCAGUGUAGAUAUGGGGAAACCACCAACAACUUCUGGUGAAGGAGGUGCAUAAGCAAUAUAAACAAAAGGGAUUCAAAGAGAAAUGCAUUUAAUAUAUAAAUAAUAAUGAAAUUAUUUUCCAUUUAUAUUAUAAGAAGUUGGAUACAAUCUGGUUUGGGGAAUUUACAUGUUUGUAUGUGUGUAUUUGUAU